AUGGCAAAUUUUGUUGAUCACCUGGGUGAUAUCCUGUUCACGCCCAUUGCGGAGGAGCUUCCAAACGCCAUGCUGCUUCGUAUCAAUCUUAUCAAGCAUGUGCUCGACCCCCAGUUGAUGUUUGCCCAAAACCGCAGGAUAUAUAUUACGCUCCUGGGCUCUCCAUACGCACUUCAGGGUCUCGCUUUUUCCUAUUCGCCUAGUCUCAAUGCGGUUUACAAAUGGCUGGAUAGUGUCGUACAACUGACUUCGCUUCACCUUCUGCAAGGAUUUGAUGAGACUGUCUGCGACAGUUGGGACAAUAACGCGCGGGAUCCUCCUCCUCAACAGGACUGGAACUCCAUUCUCUUGAGACACAAAGACACGCUAGAGGAGUUGGUGUUCGAUGGCUACCGUGGUGUUCGGGAUUGUAACUACAGCGGCGAGGAGGACCAGAGAAAUAUCGCCCGCUUUGGACCUACCGAGACGUUGUCUUGUUUACCAAAACUCCAAAAGCUGGCAUACCUCAAGCUACCCUUACACUUCCUUGUGCCGCAGGCGGAUUCCCAUUUUAUCGACGAAGAGACAUCUCGGGAGAGUCUUCCUUCACCGAGCACAGCUCCAGAAGCCCUUGCCUUGGUUGAGCCCUCCUUCCCCCCCUCACUGAAGAGACUCGACAUUGUGGUGUACCGAUUUUAUUUUGACGAGGAACGUGUUGGCGAAAUGUACCCAUUCAGAACAAUCACGGUCAAGUUUUGA